AUAGUAACUAUCAAAAUAUUAUGAUUGUUUUUAUUUUUUCUAGAUUAUGGAUAAACACACCAGCAGGACUUCAAAGGUAGCUGCCUGGAUAUUAUGGAUCGUAAACUGUUUUGUCAUGGUCAUCUGUGCUUUGCUGGUGGCGCUGGGAUUGUGGAUUAUAUCAUCACCCACGUCACUAGCCUCGGUGUUAGAAGCUUCUGGAAGUAUGAUCAUAAAGUCAGUGUUUGAGGAGGCAGUAUCCCUGCAGGUUGGCAUCGCGUUGACGGCGAUCGCGGUUUUUCUGUUCUUCGUGUGUUUCAUGGGAUUCUAUGGAGCCAUCACCAGGUCACCGUUCCUACUGUUUAUGUACUCUGCCCUGGUGAUACUACUUCUGCUUCUAGAAUGUUCUCUUCUGUAUUAUUUCUCAAGCAAUCUGGUAGAGAAAGGUCUACAAGAUGACGGGCAGUGGACGCACGCGAUGCGUCUUGCAUUCCAAUGUUGUGAACAUAAUGCCUCAGAACCAGAUAUUCGGAAGCCCCCAUGGUCGUGCUGCGGCCCAGCCGCUUAUCCAGAUAACUGUACAAGCACACUUUUAUAUAAGAAGGAUUGCCACGCAUCCAUCUCGGUCUGGUUAGACCGCUAUCUCCUCCCGGUGUACACGUCUCUAGCUGUCAUCCAUGUUGUGUUGGCGUCCUGCUCUAUCCUGAGGCGGUCGUGUCAUGCAUCUCGCUCUUACAGCUAG